AUGCGCUUUAGACAGGUACACAGAUGCUUGCGCUCACUGCAAUCCAGGACAUCAUCCCAUUCUCCAAUUACAACACUUCCACAUCACAGAACCCACAAUUCUCUCGAAGGGCCCAGUAGAAAUUCUCCGCCAAAACUUAAAAAGAACAAGUUCAAAGACUCCGACAUUGUGAAAUGCAACAUCGCCAUCACGAUCCAUAUGCGGAAUGGACAAUGUGACUCCGCUCUGCGUUUGUUCAAUUCCAUGCCCAGGAAAACUUCGGUCUCCUACAACACAAUGAUUUCUGGGUUCUUGUCGAAUCAAAUGUUUGAGCUCGCCAGUAAUAUGUUCGAUCAAAUGCCUGAGAAGGACUUGGUUUCUUGGAAUAUUAUAAUUAGUGGUCAUAUAAGGAACAAGAAUCUUGGGGCUGCUAGGCAUUUGUUUGAUCAAAUGCCGGAAAGGGAUGUUGUCUCAUGGAACACGAUAUUGUCGGGAUAUGCGCAGAACGGGUUCGUAGAUGAGGCUAGGAGGAUUUUCGAUGCGAUGCCUGAGAAGAAUGAGAUCUCAUGGAAUGGGAUCCUCGCGGCUUAUGUGCAAAAUGGGAUGAUAGAAGAGGCUAGGAGGUUGUUCGAGACUAAAGAGCAUUGGGCAGUGGUUUCAUGGAAUUGUUUAAUGGGUGCCUACUUGAAGAAGAGGAGGUUGGUCGAGGCAAAGCAGAUUUUUCAACAAAUGCCAGUCAGGGACGAGGUCUCAUGGAACACAAUGAUUACAUGUUAUGCGCAAAAUGGGAAGCUGGAUGAGGCAAGGAAAUUGUUUGAAGAGUCUCCAUUUCGCGAUGUGUUUACAUGGACAGCUAUGGUGUCUGGAUAUGUACAAAAUGGAAGGUUAGAUGAGGCAAGGGGAAUUUUCAAUGAGAUGCCAGAGAAGAAUAUUGUUUCGUGGAAUGCAAUGAUAGCAGGAUAUGUGCAAAAUAAGAAUAUGGAUGCAGCGAAGGAGUUGUUUGAAGCAAUGCCCUGGAGAAAUGUUAGUACUUGGAACACAAUGAUAACUGGGUAUGCUCAAAAUGGUGAAAUUGCACAUGCCAGAACUUUGUUUGACAGGAUACCUUGUCGGGAUUGCAUCUCUUGGGCAGCUAUGAUUUCUGGCUAUUCGCAAUGUGGUGACAGCGAGGAGGCAUUACAAAUGUUUGUGGAAAUGAAAAGAGAUGGGGAGAGGUUAAACCGAUCAGCAUUUACUAGUAUCUUGAGUACAUGUGCCGAUGUAGCUGCUUUUGAGUUAGGGAAGCAAAUACAUGGAUGUGCUUUUAAAGCAGGAUAUGAAUCUGGGUGCUACGUGGGAAAUGCUCUUCUUGCUAUGUAUUGUCGGUGUGGAAGCAUUGAUGAGGCACACGAAGUAUUUAAGGGUAUCCAGGACAAGGAUGUAGUCUCAUGGAACACAAUUAUUAUUGGCUAUGCAAGGCAUGGAUUUGGGAAAGAGGCUCUCACUCUUUUCGAAUCAAUGAAGAGAGCAUCUAUCCGGCCAGAUGAUGUUACCAUGGUUGGUGUUUUGUCUGCAUGUAGUCAUACUGGCUUGAUGCAGCAACUUGGGGAGCUCUUCUUGGUGCCAGCAGGAUUCAUGGCAAUACUGAGUUAG